AUGUUUGGACAGGCAAAGGCGGUGAAAUCCCCCUGUCUCCUCUUUCUGAGGCCAGAACUCCUUCCUCCCCCACCGCCCGUUUGGUUUUCUCAUCUUGACAUCCUCCGAACCCACAUUUGCUUCUCUCAUCUCCUCCUCCUCCUUCUGCAUCAUUCUUCGCCAGCGUUAUUUUGGUGA